UGCACCAACACAGACAACUCUUCCACCAUAUCCCUCUCUCUCUCUCAUGGGUUCCUCAGAUGAUGACUGUGCAGAGCAGCCCUUGUCUCCACCAGGCCGUCUCUACCCCCAUCCCCGAUGGAACCUAAUAAUCCACUGCGCCAUCGGCUUCAAGAACCCUAUAGAUAUAGACGCCAUCAAGCCCCGCCUCAAAACCUCCCUCCUUCUCUCCCACCCCAGAUUCUCAAGCCUCGUGGUCCGCGACUCCCACGGCGUCAAGCACUGGCAAAAAGCAACCCACAUUGACCUCGACCGCCACAUCAUCAUCUCCACAACCCCGUCUCUACCGCAUCACAGCCUGUUGACCAUGAUACCGCUGUCAACGACCACUUGAUAUGAAGGAAGCAGCCAGCUGCAAUGCAACCAUAAGUAAUUAACCAAGAACCUCAAGUAAUGGAUAAUGAGUCACAUCAUGUAUUAUAUUUUUUAUUUUACAACCUUCAUGCUCUUUUUACUUCUUUUUUUUUUUGGUCAAGAUGCUCUUUUUACUUCUUAACACUCAUAUGAAGAAUCAGUAAACUGCACGUCCACUCUAUUAGAGGAGUGAUAUACAAUUUGGCACGUAAAUGUGGUCUCCCUACCGACACUCGAUCUAGAGACUCAUGAAUUUCAUCCCAAUUUUCUAACUUCUCUUAUUGCCAUUAAUGAGACAAAUGAUCAAGAUGGGCAUGCAUAUAUAAUCUAUAUUGACUGUAAGGAAAAGGGUGGUGAUAAUCUAAAUUUUAAUUCCCUUUUGAUACAAUAAUUUUGCUUUCUAUAAAGAAAGCAAAAUCAACCCAACAACCCCACGUAUCAAAACCACAACCUUCUUCUUCUUCUUCUUCUUCAUCUCUCUGUCUGUGUUUCAUGGGUUCGUCGGCAGCUGACAAGUUCUCAGACGAGCCCAUAACCCCAAUUGGUGGGUUCUUCCUCCAACCCCAAAUGGACCAAAUAAUCCACUGCACCAUGGGCUUCAAAAACCCCAUUGACAUCGCCGCCAUUAAAUCCCACCUCAAAGCCUCCCUCCUUCUUUCCCACCCCAGAUUCUCAAGCCUCAUGGUCCGCGGCCCCCGAGGCCUCAAGCAAUGGCACAGGACCUCCCACGUCGACCUCGACCGCCACAUCAUCGUCGUCCCCAACACCAUCACAACCGCAUCAAACUUUGACCAUGAGGCCGCGGUCAACGCCUACUUGGCCGACCUCUCCACCAGCUCUGACCUCAGCGCCGACAAACCUCUGUGGGAAUUUCAUCUCCUCAUGGCCCACAACUGCGGCGUCUUCCGCAUCCACCACGCUCUGGGAGAUGGGACUUCAAUCAUGUCUCUGUUCUCGGCGAGUUUCAGGGGAGCUGAAGAGGAAGAAAAGCUACCGGCUUUGGGCUCUGCCGGGAAGAAGAGAAACAGAGUGAAUGGUGAAAAGGGCUGGUGGGUUUUGUUGAUUGGGUUUGUGGGUAUGGUUUGGUUCAGCUUGAUUUUUGCGGUGCAGUUUGCGUUGAGGUGCUUGUGGGAUUGUGACAGAAAAACAGAGAUAAGUGGCGGCGAUGGAGUUGAGCUCUGGCCUAGGAAGCUGGCCACCGCACGGUUUAAGCUUCAGGACAUGAAGCUCGUCAAGAAAUGUGUUCCAAAUGCGACCAUCAAUGAUGUUCUUGUGGGGGUGGUUUCAGCAGGGCUAUCAAGAUACCUAGAUCACCGAACACCAAAUGGUUUGCCCGAGGGGCUUCGAAUUACAGGGAUGGUUAUGGUAAAUUUAAGAGAGCAACUUAGAUUGCAGGAACAAUCAGAUUUGAUGAAAAGCAACUCUGGAUCGAGUUGGGGUAACAAAUUCAGCACGUUUCUCCUACCUAUUUAUUAUAAAAAAAGUUCUGGAACUGAACCUCUGGAAUAUUUGAGGAGAGCUAAGGUGAUUAUGGACCGCAAGAAACAGUCUCUGGAGGCUCUUUGGUCGUACAAAAUUUUGUGUUUUUUAAUGACCUAUUUGGGAGCAGAGAUUGCUACUCGGCUUCUUUACAGGACUGUCUGCAACACUAGCUUUGCUAUCUCAAAUAUACCUGGCCCACAAGAAGAAAUUGCAGUUGGAGGAAACCCUAUAACUUACCUCAGAGUGAAUGCAUCUAGCGUGCCCCAGGCACUUCUAAUGCAUAUGGUGAGCUACGUGGAAAGAGCAGACAUGCAAAUUUUGGUUGCUAAAGAUAUCAUUCCUGACCCGGAAUUUCUUGCAAAGUGCUUUGAGGAGGCCUUGCUUGAUAUGAAGGAAGCAGCCCAUUGA